CGAAUGGUACACCCGAAUAACGUGCUCACUAUCCUCUCGACAUGGCCUUUGUGUUUUCGCUGAAAAAUCGUAAAGUCAGCCACGUACUGAGACCUUUUCAAGUUUAUUGAACGAGCAAAUAUCAAGGUUUUGAUUCUCUUUGGUCCAUUCAUUUACUGUCUGUUCAGAUUCACAGAAGUAAAGUUGCGGUGAACAAGCCAACCAGCACGAGCUGUCACUAUGGAUGAAGAUGACCGCUUCUGGUGUGACUUCUGUGGCACAUACGAAGAUGAUGCAGUGUGUCCAAAUCUGGGACCCAUCCAGACCAUGGAAGACUCUGAGGUUCAGUCUCGUGCUCGAGCCUCCCUUCCCAAGGGACUGGCCAUUCAGAACACAACAGAUGGUGCAGAAGGUGUAUUUGCCAGAGUACCUUUGAGUGAAAGAAUGCAGUUUGGACCAGUGGAGGCCAAGAGAGUUCAAUCUGCUCCACAUGGAAAACAAGUCUUUCCACUGAAGGUGUUCAGCCCAGAUGGUAGUUACCUGUACCUGGAUACCACAGACGAUGAAGCCUGCAACUGGAUGAAGUUUGUCCGUCCAGCUACACUGGGCACAGAGCAGAACCUACUGGCCUACCAGAAAGGGACAAACGUGUUCUUUCUUACACAAAAGGAUAUUCCCAUUGGUGGAGAGUUGAAGGUGUGGUAUGCUCCCAGUUAUGCCAAGAAAAUGGGACAUCACCUGCUGACACCUGGAGGGCACCUGUCUCGGGGUGGGUCAACCCUAGUGGUUCCCCCAGACAAGGAGAGUGGUGCAACGCCAGUUCAGCCUAAGGCUAACAAGCGCAGCACAACAUCCACAGUUAACAAGACGGCAGAACAGGAAGGCAUCACAAAUGAAAUAGACACAUCUCUAGGACAAUCUAAAUCACCAGAAUCUGAUUUCCACCAAUCAAAGAAGGUCACUCAUUGGGAAGUACAAGAAAAUGUAAUCAAAAGGGCAGCAGCAGACCCACUUAACGGUCCAACAAUAAAGCGAGGUAAAAGUCGAGGUCAAAGUAAAAAGAAAGCAUCAACCUUGACCAAUGGUAAAAGUGUCACCAGAGCAAAAAAGGUGAACACCAACAAGAUAAAAGAGGAGAAGACACACUCUCCGAUUCCGUGUGCAGGAUGCUCUGAGAUAUUCGAGAAUGAAAAUGUUUUACAAGAACAUAUAGAGAAAGAGCAUCCAGAUAAGGUAGAGCAGGGAAGUAAAAGACCCAGGAGGUCUUCUAUUAAGUCUUUCGUCUGCCAUAUCUGUCAUGACCGCUUUGCUAAGAAUAGCGAGCUGCUACUUCAUCAUAGUAUCCACCAUGCACUAUAUGAUGCUGAAGAGCUGAAAUGCACAGAACCUCAAAAUUGGGACGAUGAAGUACAGGACGAAAGUGACGAAUGGGCCGACAACAUCGAAAGCGAUACCAAUGAGGAACCUACAGUCGCCACAAAGAGAAGGAAACUGAAUGGACCAGCCAAAAAGAAGAGCGUGAAAAGGAGGAAACGUAAAGGAAGAGGCAAGAAGAAGAGCGCAGAAUUACUGGAGUAUGAACUGGAACACGCUGAGCAAAUGUGGUGCGCUCAUUGUGACCUGGCAUUCAGCUCUACAGGUACUUUUAAUCAACACGGUAGAAUAGUCCAUGGAUUUCUGACAGGCCAAGAGACAAAGGCCCAAGCACAAGUCACCACAGUAGAUUGUCAACAUUGCGGUACUCCAUUCUGCUCUUCGUUGAAGCUGAAAAGGCAUUGUUUAUCCCUUCACAACUCAAACAGCAAGGCUUACAAGUGUGGCACCUGUGAGAGUGAGUUUUCACUUCCUAGAGAUCUCCACAAUCAUGUAAAACAGGCAGGUUCGAAAUGUAGGAUAAAUUGCCAGGAUUGUGGCCAAAGCUUUACCAGCCUAGCUACAGUCAGGGUGCACCAGCAGCAAAAGCAUGUUAAUCUAACGUGCCAACAUUGUGGCAAAGAAUGUGCAAACGCAGGUACCCUGUCUAUGCAUGCUAGUACCCAUGUACAAGAAAGACAAGUCAAUGAGGAAGACAUGCUCUGGUGCUCUUACUGCGAUGAAGUUUUUCUUCCAUUCUAUUUCUACGAACACCAGAAAGACUGUCAUGGUGUUGAAAAUGAUGUCUUAAACACGGACAAACCAGUACGUAAGUGCCUGCUGUGCCAAGCACCAUUUACAAGUGAGGCACUUCUUCAUAGCCAUGUGCUUACAAUUCAUAGACUGGAAGACAAAGGAGAGGUGGACACAGAUCAGAAGACGUCCGUCUGCGAGACGUGUUCGGAAGGAUUCUCAGGUCCUAAGGAUCACCAGGCUCACCUGAAGCGUAUGGAAGGAAAGUGUGUGGUGAGUUGUCAAGACUGUGAGGAAAGGUUCAAUAGCCUUCCCUCCUUGCGAUUCCACAAGGUGAGCCAACACCAGACAGCAAAACUGACCGACUCUUCUGGUACGACAUCUCGCCACAACGCUCCAAGGCAGAAAGAUUCGGACGCUCUGAAAUGGUGCGAGUACUGCGAUCAACCGUUUCAGUCUUCAGACGCCUGCAGAAAACAUAUGACAAAGUAUCAUGGCACUGGUGUGGGUAUUGGAACAUCAUCAUCGGUAGUGCUAGAAUUCUGCAAUCUCUGUGAUGCACCCUUCACCUUCAGGAGAACACUCCGGUCCCAUCUACAGGAAGUGCACAAGGUAUACCCAGAAAGUGCUUUACAGAUGGACGCCACCAUUGCCCCGGUUCAUGAAUGUGAGACGUGUUGCGAGAAGUUCCAAGGGCCAGCACAGUUACAAGCACAUCUGGAAGAGAGAAUGGGAGAGUGCACAAUGAGUUGCCAACAAUGUGGAGAGUCUUUCGAGAGUUUUGCUAGUCUUCGUUUACAUGAAUAUCACAGACACUCCGUGGUGGAAUGUAAACUUUGCCGGGAGACUUUUGUAACUGUCCACUCUCUUGGGAAGCACAUGAAGAAGGUCCAUGAAAAUAGAGAAGACAGAAAGCCAGAUUCACCAGACUGGUGCCAAUACUGCGACAUAAGCUUUGCAGAGAAGAAAAGCUUCACCAAGCAUAUGAAGGUGUACCAUGGGGUGGAUUGGAGCAUGACUGACAGUAUCGGUGCAAGUACAAAGAGUGCAAUGCAGGAAAAGCUGCAUAUUUGUAAUCUAUGUGAUGCACCAUUUACCAGCAUGAAAUCCAUGCUGAAGCAUGUGCAAGACAUACAUGGGAUACACACGGACAGUGUUACAUCAAUUUCUCUUAAUAUCCCUAAAACGUACAAGUGUCCAACAUGUUUGAAGGUGCUUCAAGGCCCCAAGCAACUUCAGGAUCAUCUUGUUGACAGAAACGGUCAGUGUAAGAUGACGUGUAAGGCAUGCCGGGAAACCUUCAACAGUCUGCCAUUGCUACGGUUGCAUGAGAGCAAUAUGCACCGCUCUGUCAAAUGUAUGUUGUGCGACGCCACAUUUAGGAAUCCGCCUGGGCUAGGUAAGCACAUGAAGCAAGCGCACAACCCUGAUUUCAAGGCAACAUUGGGCUUCAACCAGAGAUGGUGCCCAUACUGUGAUCAAACAUUUGUAUACGUUGGCAACUUUAACAAGCAUAUGAAAGACUUUCAUUCUCCCUCUGGUUAUUCAUUGUCAUCCUCAAAGAAGCCAGCAGGUGUUGCAGAUGCCUUGCCACAAUGUGACGUGUGUGAAGCUCCCUUCACUUCUCAUAAACUCCUUACAAAACACAUACAUGAAGCACACAGGCUGCCUGCAUUCACCAAAGGCGACAUGACGGAAGUUUGCGCACAGCAGAGGCAUCAGUGCGAGACCUGCUGUGAGACGUUUCGCUCCGCCAAACAUCUGGACGACCAUUUGCGUAGCAGCCAAGGCAAGUGCAGGGCGACCUGUUCACAGUGUAAUGAAACCUUUUACAGACUCUCCAGCCUGCGCGUACAUCAGGCGGAGGAAUGUGGUAAGAGUCGCAAGGAGGAACCAGAAGGAAAACAAAGCAAUACGUUAUGUGAAGACCCUACCAUUACAGACCUGGAGUCCAUUGUCCUGGCUACACUGGAGCAGCAAUGGUGUAGUCACUGCGACUUGACACUGCCUACAGAAAGUGCUUUGUCCAAGCACAUGUCAGAGUUGCAUGAGGAAGGAUCAGUGCCUAAAGGAGCCAUGGUUUUCUGUAAGACCUGUAACUCUCCAUUCACAGACAAAGCAAAACUUCUCCGACACUAUCAGAAGCUGCAUAAGAUUAGUCCUUCAUCCGUAGCUGACUUGGCAAACCUUGUACCCUCAUCGGUAGAAUGUGGAUCCUGUCAGAAGGGUUUCAGCACUGUACACGGAUUGGAAGAGCAUCUGAUGGUCAGGAAUCGUGCGUGCCAAGUAGACUGCAAAGCAUGUGGGCUCCGAUUUCCUAGCAUCUUGAGGCUUCGGUGGCACGAAUACAGAACGCACGCACGUAGUGAAGAGGGGCCACAACUUGGGACGGGUGUAUUUGUUUGUGAUAUAUGUAGCUCUUUCUUCGGCACAACUGAAAGCCUAGCCAACCAUCUUAGUAGCCAUGCUGGUCAGGAUGUGUACCAGUGUACAGUGUGUGGCAAAGCACAACCUGACAAUGCCAUUCGCCAGCAUGUUCUAGCUCAUAAUGAUGAAGUGACACAGGACUUUAGUUGCCCAGGAUGCUCAAAGACAUUUGAUCAGAAGGAUGCUCUACUAAACCAUCUGCAAACCCACAAACUUUCCACAAACAUUCCGUGGAAGUCUAAAGUCAACUUAGAAGAGUUGAUAAGUCAUCUAGAAGAAGAACGCUCUGACACAGAACAGAAACACAAAUGCCCAAUGUGCGCAGUAGUAUGCCAGUCAGUCAGUCACCUGUGCACUCAUAUUAAGAAAUGCAAGAUGUCUACAGCCAAGACAUUCUUCAGCUGUGAGCUUUGCAAGGUUAGGUUCAUGAGUAAGUCUGCCUUGAGAAAUCAUCGAGCUCUGCAGCACUCUGGUCCAGGGGAGUGGUUGGGUUGUCCACACUGUGAGUAUCGUACGCAGGACGGCAUGUAUCAUCUGUGGAAGCAUUUCGAAGAGCACGACCAACUUACUAAGCUGUGCGAAAUACCCAGGGAUGAUGCUGGACCAACAACAAUUGUGUGUACUCUAUGUGGAACCGGGAUGCCAGAAAAGGCGCUCAACUACCAUCUGAAGAAACAUAAGAAAGUCGAAUGUAUCUUCAAGUGCAAGUUCUGCCCAGGAGAGUUUUUCACAGACCGGCAGUUACGUCAGCACACGGACAAGCACUUCUAUCAAGACGGAGUGAUAACCUGCCCCCUUUGCGAUUGUCCAAUGAGGAAGACAAGGGUCUUAAGCAAACAUCUUGUGAAAGUUCACCAGCGAUUUCCUUACCAAUGCCCAGUGUGUCAGAAAGAGAUGAUGUACCGCAAGGGUUACGAAGAUCAUCUCGCAACUCAUAAGGGUGACAUAGUGCUAGAGGCAAGGCUGGAGAUUCUGACCAGCGAGUGUGACAUUUGCGGCAAGUAUUUUGCCGGGCAGAAUCUUAUGAAACGGCACAAAGAACAAGUUCACAUGAAUGUCAGGAAGUUCAAGUGCGACGUCUGCAGUAAGGACUUCAAGAGAAAGGCAGAGCUGGUCAUUCAUAUGUCCGUUCACACGGGUGAUCACCCCCAUCUGUGCAUGUACUGUGGCAAGUCCUUCAAAAUUCAAGCCUCCCUCAAGCAGCAUAUCUCAAUCCAUUUGAAUAUCAAAAAGCAUGUGUGCCACCUGUGCGGGAGGGCGUUUAAUCAGAAAAUCAACCUGCGCAAGCAUCUAGAGAGCCACAACAGUAGUAAAGAGUUCCAGUGUGAGGCCUGUGGGAAGACCUUCCAGCACAGCGACACCCUGCGCUUACACAUGCGACGUACGCACCUGAAUGAGGGAAAGUCGUGCAGGUACUGCGGUAAGAAGUUCCUACGCAGUGCCGUCCUACAAAUUCACGAGGACGCUGUCCACAACGGCAUUCGCAAUAAGAUGUGUCCGGUGUGCGGACAGGUCAUGACUUACAGCCACACGCUACGGAGACACUUUCGGCGGCUGCAUCCGGACCUUUUCGACAAGUACUUCCCAGCAAGUGCAACUGGGGAGGGAAACUCAACUGAAACAAAGGCUGAUGGCAACCUUGGCGGCAGUGCUGGGUGGAGUAAGUCUCCAAGACGUGGAAGAAAAAGAGGGCAAAGGGACCCCGUCACAACUUUAACACAAGAGCCCACACCCAGUCAUCCCUUCACAAUGUCAGCGGGGGAUAGUUCGAGAGCCCAAAAGUGUGAAGAAGAGGAGAUACUAAGUGCCAUUGAUGGGGUGGUGACAGACAGUGGUGCUGGGGACAGAGACAGUCACACUACAUUCAUUAUCAUUGGUGGUGAUCAGAACUCCACAGGACAGAAUACUGCCAGCUCGGCACAGUUGGUAGAGGAUCAAGCCACGAUGGCUACAGUAACCACAUUAGACCAUUGGGUGCCUAGUCAGUUUCAGGGAGGUGCAGCAGUAUCUUCCUGUGAAAUUAUAUUACCUGAAUAAUUGUGGAGUUCACAGCAAUAACAUUUUAUGUUACAAAGGUAUAUGUCAUUGUGUAUACAAUCUGGAUGAAACUAUGAUGCCCCAGUCACUCUUUGUUAUUUGUGACUUUGUAAACAAGAGAAAACAUACCUAAAUGCACUGUUUCAUGUAGGUUUUCAGUUUGUACGACAAGCUUUAAAAUUUAUCAUUCAGUUAUUGUAAAAGAGAGAUAAGCCAAGUCUAACUGUAAUAGUCUCCACAAGUUGCUGUUAUAAUUACUUUGAGACAACAUUUAAAAAGAUGUUUUGACUAAAGGACUUGGGACACACCAGGCUAAGAGGCUAAAGAAUAUAUUUUUUUGCAUGGCUCAAACCAAGUACAUGUGUAUCCCAAUUUAGCUUUUGCUUGCUUGUACUUGUAGCAAUAUUAACUGUCUACAAUGUAAUAAUGUCGAUGGAUCAGAAGUCCACAUGUCAUAUCAGUUAUAACACCAGAAUGUCAUAGAAGUGCCUAAUCGGUGGAAGAAAACUCCUCUGCCGGCUAAACUUCUUCCUCCUAUUUUACUGUCUUAAACCACCGCAAGAUCUGCUAGGAGAUUACCUCAAGUUGUGAAUGAAAAAUCUUAAGUUGUCUGUUAUUACAAUAGCAUACUCAUACAUCCCUACUGUAAGCCUUUGUAUGGACAUUGACCAAUCAGAAAGAGAGAUACGUAUACCCGAGCUGAAGGCAAUGAGUAGAGUAGAGUAGAGUAGAAUACCUACAAGAGAUUUUGAAAAAGAUUUGAUAUGCCAAGACUGCUUAGUUACGGAAUAUUUUCUGCGGAAAUUUUGGAUUCAAAGUGAAGCACAAUUGUAAGUUUUUGACUGUAUUUCUUACAAACGGACAAAUGUUUUACUUGUGUAGUAUUAAACGAACCACGUGUCUCACAGGAA